AGCGAUCGUCUGCUCAAGUGCUGGACAAUGUUCGAUCUGUUGACGUACAAGAUCUACGGGGCGCCGGCCUACAUGGUGGUGCCCUUUGUGAUCCUGGUGAUUGUGUAUGUGGUGCUGGUAGUACGCUUCAUUAUGCACAUGCGCGGACUCAAUGUGAGCUUCACGGGGAAGAAGAAGAAGAUGGCGCUGCUGUUGGGGCCACGCAACGCCGGCAAGACGAGCUUCUUCCAUCUCAUCCGCGACGGCGAACACGUGGACACUGUGAGCUCCAUGAAGGACCAGACCUUCCGCUUCCUGGUGCACCCCAAGUACAACCCGGACAAGUUCGACGCAGAGCUCACGGUCGUCGACUACCCCGGCCAUGAACGUCUUCGCUCACGUGUAGCGGAGUUUUUCCCUGUUACGGGAUGCAUCGCGUUCUUCGUGGAUGCCAGCGACGUGCCGUCAUUCCGUAAAGCUGCAGAAUUUCUGUAUGAUAUCUUUGCUAACAAGAAGGUAAACGACCAGACGCCUCCAAUUAUGGUGGUGUGUAACAAGAGCGAGGCUUCUGGAGCUGCCAGUCCGCUGGCGGUGCGUGACGCGUUGGAGAAGGAGCUGACGCAACUUAAGACCACGCGCUCGUCACUGGAGACGGAGGGAGACGACGACGAGCAGGAUUUGUCGCAAGUGCCUGUUGGACGUGACGGAGCUGCGUUCGAAUUCGAUGUGGACUCGCCGUGCGAGAUUUCGUUCGUCAAGUGCAGCGUCAAGGACGCCGACAUCCACGACGUAGUGAGCUUCAUCCAACAGCAUUAGGACGGAUCUGAUAGGUAGAUACUAGUACGUAUCAAAAAACAGAUUCUAGUGGUUUGAUUGGAGUUUAUUGGGCAUGUUAUUCCACCAUGGUCUCUGGUCUAUUGACCGAUACUGUUUCCCAGCCCAUAGAGUUGACCGGAGUACUUGGCUGCAUUCUCGACGUUGCCUUCGAAGAAGACUUCGACCAUCUUGAAGAACGUGGCAGCUGUGAGCAAUGCGUCGGAACCAGCUUGGUGCAUUAUGCCUAUUCUCUCCACUUUAAGGUCCUCGGCCAAGCGACUGAGUCCUCCCACCUUGUCGAAGUCCAUACCCACGUGUUUCAAGUCGUACGUAGCAGGGAAGUACGUGUUCAAUAGGUCAAAGAACGUUUCUUCUUCAGCUGGCAAUGGGGCGCAAGUCAACACCUUGAGAAGGUAGCCAAAGUCCGAGGAGCCGUGGAACGAAACCCACUUGACGUGGUCGCCCAGUACGAGGCCUGAGGGCACUAAGAGUUCUCCAAAUCGCGCCACUUCGAUCCCUUGUUCUUCAUGCUUUGCAAAGUCGAUACCUGCCUGCUUGAGGAUCUCGAUCGAGUCUUGUGCGUACAUGUCUUCGCUGAGACUGAACUUGAAGUUGAAUUGCCAUACAGGCAAGUCCUCCAUGUAUGAGCCGUCCUCAUUGAAGAAGGCUAC